AUGCCCCAAUCUGCUGAAAACGGCCAUACUAGUGACCAGGACCAUGGCAUCUAUAAUGCCAAUAACGUCAAGGCUGCAAUUAAAACUAUAUUGGUAACAGGAGGGGCAGGCUUUAUUGGUGGGUGGUUUAUUCGGCACAUGCUCAAGACUUACAGGAACGCAUAUGAGAUUAUUUGCCUUGACAAUCUGGAAUAUUGCUCCUCUUUGAAGAAUUUCUCUGCGAUUGAGCAUCUGCCGAAUUUCCAUUUCAUCAAAGGAGACAUUUGCGACCGACAGCAUGUUGAGAGUGUUCUGAACGAUUACCAUGUCGACGCGAUCAUUCAUUUAGCUGCGGAGUCCCGUGUCGAUCACUCCUUCAAUGAUCCGCUCGCUUUCACGGCGAUCAAUAUUCUCGGCACGCAUUGCCUGCUUGAGACAUGCCGUAAAUAUGGUUCAAUUCAAAGGUUUGUGUACGUCUCCACCGAUGAGGUCUAUGGCCCCAAUGACACUACCUUAUUUCCAUUCAUGGAGGAGCACCCUCUGAAACCCACCAAUCCAUAUGCCGCGACCAAAGCGGCGGCAGAGAUGAUCAUUCACAGUUAUCGCAAAUCUUUUCAGAUGCCAAUUAUUGUCACAAGAUGCAACAAUGUUUUCGGGCCCUAUCAAUACCCUGAAAAGCUGAUUCCGAAGUUUAUCAUCCUACAAGAAAAGGGCAGCAAAAUGCCAAUACAAGGUGAUGGCCGGAAUGCUCGCGCGUUUAUUUUUGCACCUGAUGUGGCGGAGGCGCUGGAUACGAUAUUCCACAAGGGCUCCGACGACGAGACGUAUAAUAUCUCUUCCAGCACUCAUUUACAAGUUAUGCAGGUAGCAGAGAAGAUCUACCGACAUUUUGCCAGUCAAAAUACAACAGAUCAACUGUCAUCUUGGGUUGAACAUCUUGAGGAUCGCCCAUACAAUGACAGUAUGUACUGGGCCGAUGGUUCUAAGCUAGAAGCACUUGGGUGA